CUUUUGAGACAGUGCCCUGGUAUAAUGCGACGACUGCCUAUGUUUCCUCUGGUGUAAGGGUGCGGCUUGUUAUCCUCAGACCACAACUCUCGCGACUUUUCUAGCACAUUAGGCAUCGACUGAUGUCCCUUAGUGAAGGCGCUUGCCAACUUCUUGCUGACUCUUGAUUCACAUGGGCACAUCCAGGGACCUUCUUGACCAUUACUUCAUGGACAAAGAUCAGAGUGAAUAAUGGUCUGGCCCGCUUCGAACUGGCCAGUACAUUGUAGCAUUCAGCCUCAGCCUCACUCGGGAGAUUCUGUUCAUCUGCAAUACAGCAUACUAUAAUUUCCACUCCUCAGGUGGUUAUAAAUGAUCCUCGUCUUUGAUAAAUCGGAAACUAAAUUGGCUCACAAAUCUCAACUCGAACAUCAUGACUCGGAAGGCCUUCAUAGCUGAUGUCGCCGCGGCGAGUAACACCACUAUUGACGAUAUUGAACGUGUACAAAUCGGAGAUGAAGGAGAAGACUUCACCUUCGCUUUCACAACUGGAUCAGGUGAUUCAGUGCUGAUCCAGGCCCUCGCAACCGAUACCUCCGCAUAUCCAAAAGGCAAUACCUAUUUUCUUGGUGUCGACUCCGUCUCAGCCCCACCAGCUUUUGAAAGGGAACUUCAGAGCAUCCAGGGUUCUUUACUCGGCCUCACAGUUCAAGGUCUUCUGGAAAAGACUGCGGCAACUCUACGCUCUUUGGCAACCGGCUCAGAAGAAGAUCCGCUAUGUAUAGACGAUGACGAUGUUAUUAUGGGCGGCUCGUUCCAAGAUGAUCAGGCCACUCACCCCGGCUAUGGCGGCCAAGAAGAUGUCGAAGAUGACGGGGACGAUGACGAUGAUAACGACUGGUCUCCAGGCUCCCCAUUUAGUGAUAUUUUCAUGUCAUCCACCAAAGUCACAUUGGAUCCGUCAAUAUUAAGAGCUAUUCAGGGGAAGAUAAGACAAGACGUAACACGUGCGAAAUUGGCGGGAUUCAGGAUUGGAAUUUUGGCUGGGAUGAGAGCUGACUCUACAGACAGCAUCCUAAGUAUGUCCAUUAAAGUUGCACAUCUUGGACUCUCAGAGCAGGCUAUUGAGGCUUGGGAUUUACAGCCACAUCAGUACAUCGUUCUGCUCAUUCACUACGCAGGGCCAUAUGUGACGUUCCAGAAAGUCAUGGACAUCGCCGUCCGUCAGCUUCAGAUUGAGUUUCGAAUUGGGGUCUGCAAUCAUUAUAAACCCUGCUUAUCGGACGCUGUGGCUGCGUUUUCAACCUCCAGGCUUCAAGCAUCUGAUAUUCUCUCAAAUACACUAGAGCUUGACGAGAAUCCAGAGGAGACUGAUGAUCGCAAGUUCCACGCCCUGUUUAUAUCCAGUCCGAUGAAUCAACUUCUAAGCGACCGCUUUCUAAGUCUGCUUAAAAUCCGGAAAAACGAUGGUCUUGGAUGGGAAGGGGCAAAACGUGCCUACAACAUGUACCAAUCACGGGCAACUAUGUCUUCGAGGGAGCCAGUUGACCAUUCCAUCACUGAAGAUAUCACCAAGGAAGAUCUUCCGCCCAUUGCCUCAAUCGACCAUCUUGAAGACUCUGAAGGCGAAAACUACUCGCUUCCUCUCAUCGCGAUGCAGUUUUGCCUGCGAUAUCUCAUUCGAUGCACCGAAUUCUGUUUGGUGUGUCACUCCAAAACUGAGGACAGCUUUGAGGCUCUGAAACCUUACGUUUGUUCUAACCCGCUUUGUCUAUACCAAUAUAUGGCAUUGGGCUUUGGCCCAUCGGUUGAGCAUUCUGUGGCAACCCAGCCAUACGUCGUCGAUCUCCUCGUCAGUUUUGCCUACGCCAGUACCCAUGCUCGAAGUAUGCGCAAGUAUCCUACAGGGAUGGGGUUGGUUGUGGCACAACCUGUUCCGAAUGCCAUUGUGCAAUUCACUGAGGGAGCACCAUCAACAUCACCCCCGAAAGAUCCGCCUAGUGGUGAAACCAAAGUACCCGGCAUCCAUGUCGUUUGUUUUAUUUUGGCAAAGAAAGAAGUUGUUAUGGAUGCCGAAGAUCCCUGCGAUGUAGUGGUGGGCGACUGGGUAGAAAUUACAACUCAGGAUGCAACUCAGGAGCCAGGAAGAAAUAUCUUCCAUUUCAGAGUUGCUUCAUAUACGCACCCUCACAUGCAUCUUAUCAAUCCCGGCUUGGAAUAUGAUAACACAAGCUCCGGGGGGAUAGUUAUGCCUCAGGUAAUCCAAGAAAACAACCUUGGAGGCGCGCCUUCCCGAAAUAGCACCGCCGCCUCACCCAAAGACCGUAUCCGGGUAAAGCUGGCCGCCUUUAAAAUGAAAUUUGACGACCUCACUGUUUCACAAAAAGAUGCAACGAUCUUAUCACUACUGAGGAAUAUGCCUUCUAUCAACGAUAUGAGAGCAUAUCUUCAGUCAACGAAGGUCUCUGGAGAACCCAGCUUUCGCAAUUGGGCCGAUAGAAUGUGUCCUGCUGCUCUGGGCCUACUUCGCUGGAUCGUUGCUUCGAACCUGUCAUGCAUCGUGCAGGUUGACAGAUAUCCUGGUCAGCCAGAAGCAGAUGCUUUGUUCAAUAAUGCCUCUCGCUUGGGACAAAAGGUUACGAAUCUGGAUGGGUGGGUUCAGUUCCGCUUUGCCCAGGGUGCCCCAGACAAAGAGCAAAAAUUCCACAAAGCCCUAUCACUUAAGAAGGGCAGCAUCAGCGAGGAGUUCCCCACGCUAUUUGCGUGGCACGGAAGUGCUGUUCACAACUGGCACAGCAUAAUUCGAAGUGGAUUGGACUUCAACCAGAUCGCUAACGGGAGGGCAUUUGGGAAUGGCUGUUACCAUUCCCAACACUUUCAGACAAGCUUGGGGUAUUGCAACGCUCGUGGCGGUGUCUUUCCUUGUGAUGCCGGAUUGAGGUACUGGCCUGGUUCCAAUCUCAAGAUCGCGCAGGCUAUAUGCCUGAACGAGAUAGUCAACGCCCCUCUGGAGUUUACUAGCAAUAAUCCCCAUCUGGUCGUACAACACGUCGAUUGGAUCCAGUGCAGAUAUCUCUUUGUGUUGUGCGGCGAAGUCGUAGGAGCUGCAGGCAAAGGCAAUAUGCCGAAUGGUCCCAUCGAUUCUAAAGCAGUUCAAUACAUCAAGCAGGAUCCCAUGAGAAGAGUCACUGGAGUCAAUGGACAAGUGCUUGGGAUCCCAAGAAGCGCCUUUCCCCCUUCACGAACAUUCUCAGUUGAGAAUGGAGGAAUCUGGGCCAAGAGGCCUGACCCGCCUGGGAACCAAAAGAAGAAACAAAAGCAUCGGUCUUUGGCUAAUAUCUUUUUCAAGAAUCCGGCAGGUGACGAUUCGGAUCUUACUGAUGAUUCGGAUCUUGAUGAUAUCAAUUUCUUAAUAGAUGACGAAGAGAGCAAUUCCGUAGUCAAGGCGAAUGCUGGCCCCCAAACCGACUUUAUCCCGGGAUCUCUCGACAGGUCGACAAUCACCCUCCUUGGCUCUCCUUCCUACGCUACCUCGACCGCAACCAACAUGUUAGCUCGUGAUCUUCAAGUUCUUCUCAAAGUCCAAUCCGCAACACCACUCCACGAGCUCGGCUGGUAUAUCGAUGGGGACGCCAUCGACAACAUGUAUCAAUGGAUCGUUGAACUCCACUCCUUCGACUCGAAACUACCUCUCGCCAUGGAGAUGAAGGAUGCAAACAUAUCAUCGAUCGUCUUGGAGAUGCGAUUUGGAAAGAACUAUCCGAUGUCACCCCCGUUCGUACGUGUCAUCCGCCCACGAUUCUUGCCAUUUAUGGCUGGCGGUGGAGGACAUGUGACGGCCGGGGGAGCAUUGUGUAUGGAGCUGCUCACAAACUCGGGGUGGUCGGCUGUUUCUUCGAUCGAGAGCGUCUUGUUACAAGUACGCAUGGCAAUCUCAAGCACAGAUCCGAAACCAGCGAGGCUUACUAGGGGGGGGCGUGAGGAUUAUGGCGUUGGGGAAGCUAUUGAUGCAUACUUGAGAGCAUGUAGAGCGCAUGGCUGGGAGGCGAGUAAUAUGGACGACUUCAAGAGCGGGGUUGCUUCCAGCUCUUAACGAAAUUUGAUGAGAGGAGUUACUUGGUUAGCUUUAUGAAUCAGGAAUAGAUAAGAACCAUGCAAAUAAAUAUAAUUAUUAUUGCG